CGAACUGGUAUAGAUGAACGACGACGUCAGGGGAACCAACCUUAGUUCGUUCCAAAUUAGAAAUGUUAAAAAGUUUGUAGAAAGGCCAAGGCCCGUUGCAUUUGCAUUUUGCCAAUAUUAAAUUAUUAAAAUUGGGCAUCCGUAUCGGUAUCAACGACAGCAACAUUAGCAGCGAACAAAGGCCAAUAAUAAGCACAAGUGCAGCAAGCAGCAGCAGCAAUAAACAAAAGACCACAAAGGCCCCCAACUAAUAAAAACAACAACAACGACAACAAAAGCUGCUGCAAAAUGGAGGCGGAAGGUCUGACAAAUGAGCAAACCGACAAAGUGCUACAAUUUCAGGACUUGACGGGUAUCGAGGACAUGAACAUUUGUCGCGACGUUCUCAUACGCCAUCAGUGGGACCUCGAGGUGGCGUUUCAGGAGCAGAUGAACAUACGCGAAGGACGACCCACCAUGCUGACAGCGUCGACGGAUGUGCGUGCUCCAACUGUGAUCAACGAUCAUUUCCUGCAACAGAUCUUCUCGGCAAAUAUGCCGGGCAGUCGUUCGGUGAGCCGAGUGCCCAGCAUUGGGCCAAUGCCUCGCAGUUUCACCGGUAUCAUUGGCUAUGUGAUCAACUUUGUGUUCCAAUACUUUUACUCCACACUCUCCGGAAUUGUGCGCGCUCUGGUCAACAUUGGAGGCGGCAAUGAGCCGCGUCUGGUCACAAAUCCGCUAGAUGAUGUGCUCAAGUUCAUACGCGAAUAUCAGGAGCGUUAUCCUGAGCAUCCCGUCUUCUAUCAGGGCACCUAUGCCCAGGCGUUGAACGAUGCUAAGCAAGAGUUGCGUUUCCUUCUCGUUUAUUUGCAUCAAGAUCCAAGCAGCAAUCCAGAUGUGGAUUCAUUUUGCCGCCAGACGCUAUCCACACGUUCCGUCAUCGAGUACAUCAAUGCGCACACGCUGCUUUGGGGCUGUGAUGUGUCCACACCAGAAGGAUAUCGUGUCAUGCAAUCGCUAGCUGUGCGUGGUUAUCCUGUAAUGGUCGUAAUAAUGCUACGAGCCAAUCGCAUGUCGGUUGUGGGUCGGCUGGAAGGCGAUUGCACUUCGGAAGAGCUUCUGCGACGUCUGCAAUCAGUGAUUGCCUUCAAUGAAGUGUGGCUGAGUCAGGCGCGAAAUGAUCGACUGCAGCGCAACUUUACGCAGACGCUGCGACGACAGCAGGACGAGGCAUAUGAGCAGAGUCUGCUGGCGGACGAGGAGAAGGAGCGACAGCGUGAGAGGGAGCGCGAUGCUGCACGGCAGCUUCUGGAGGCUGAAGAGCGUGCGCGACGGGAUGUGGAAUUGCGCAAGGAGGAGAUUGCUCGGUUAAAGAUUGAGUUGGCCAAUCUCGUGCCCGAUGAGCCGGCUGUGGAUGCCGCCAAUGCCAUCGCUGUUGUAUUUAAGUUGCCCAAUGGUGUUCGGUUGGAGCGUCGUUUCCAGCAGACAAAUUCCAUACUGGAUGUGUAUCAUUUCCUUUUCUGUCAUCCCGAGUCGCCGGAUGAAUUUGAAAUCACAACGAAUUUUCCCAAGCGUGUUCUCUAUUCCAAAACAGUUGUGGAUGCCGCUGAGGGAUCGGCAAAUGAGAUCGUCAAUAAAACCCUUAAGGAUGUGGGAUUGAAGAACCGCGAGGUGCUCUUUGUCAACGACCUGGAAGCGUAACCAACCACCAAACCAAACACAACUCUCACAAAAGAACACACAUUUAAAAAAUCUAAACUAAAAUCAUGGUGUUACCAACAAAAUACGUAUUACCAAAAAAAACAAAAAAAUAGAAAGAA